AUGCCUUCUCUCCGCAACACUCUUCUCUGCCUGAUGGCCAGCUCUGCAACCGUUUACGCUGAGCAUCUGAAGGUCGUCUGGUCCUCCGGCGACUUCUCAACCAUCUCCGGACCCUCCGGCGGAAACGAGAACGGCCAUUACUCUGGCUUCGCUAUCAUCAACGACGCGGGCGAAGCUAUCUACGACCAGGGCUUCCCUGAUGACCACUCGCCUUGCUACAACACGGGUGAUGGUCGUGAGUUUACUAUCGAGGGUGACUGUUGGAGUACCCCUCGCAAGUUCAAGUGCAAGUCUGACUUCGGUGGUCACCCUGAUACCUGUGAGGUCAAGGAUGGCGAUGGAAACAGUCUUGGCACUGGACAGGGAGAGACGGAUACUGAUUUUAUUGGUAUUGCUAUUGGUCAGGAUGCUAGCUGUGUGGUGGAGUUUGAUUCUGAUAGCGAUGGCUGCCCUGUUGAUGAUGGUAACGGGCCUCUUCAUGUUACCUCUGGAUAA